UUUGUCCCCGCCAGGAGCUGCGGCACACGUGCACAGGUCCCAGCUGGGUAGGUAGGAAGCAAACGUUUCGAUAUCGUGUGAGGAGGCCGAAGUGGCACACGAACGAUCAGGGUGCCUGCGACUCCCCAACCAGGGAUUCCCGUCUUCUCCCCGUUACCCGCUUCACAACAGGGGGCGCCCUGACCACUGCGGCCCUGAGCUUACUGCUGCCCUAGCAGGGUCGGAGCUUCCACCAUGGGCUGGGCAGGGGAUGCGGGCUGUACGCCUCGUCCGCCUAUACGGCCUCGGCCCGCGUCCGAGCGUCGCGUGAUCAUCGUGCUCUUCCUCGGCCUGCUACUCGACCUCCUGGCGUUCACGCUGUUGCUGCCUCUGCUGCCUGGGCUGCUGGAGAGACACGGCCGCGAACAAGACCCCCUCUAUGGCUCCUGGCAGCGUGGAGUAGACUGGUUUGCUUCAGCCAUCGGGAUGCCAGCGGAAAAGAGGUACAACAGCGUCCUGUUCGGAGGUCUCAUCGGCUCAGCCUUCUCCCUCCUGCAGUUCUUCUCUGCACCACUCACAGGAGCUGCCUCUGAUUACCUGGGGAGGCGCCCGGUGAUGAUGUUGUCCCUGACAGGUUUGGCCAUCUCCUAUGCAGUGUGGGCUACCUCUCGGAGCUUUAAGGCCUUCUUGGCCUCCAGAGUGAUCGGAGGCAUCAGCAAGGGGAACGUUAACCUCUCCACAGCCAUUGUCGCUGACCUGGGCUCACCGCCAACCCGCAGCCAAGGCAUGGCAGUCAUCGGGGUAGCCUUCUCCUUGGCCUUUACUCUGGGUCCCAUGCUGGGAGCAUUCCUGUCUGUGGAAAUGGUGCCCUGGAUCAGCCUACUUUUUGCCGUCUCCGACAUGUUGUUCAUCUUCUGCUUCUUGCCAGAAACACUGCCCCAGGAAAAGCGGGCAUCUUCUGUCACCCUGGGCUUCCACACUGCUGCCCACCUGCUCAGCCCCCUGGCCCUGCUUCGUUUUGCUGCUGUCACUCACAGUCAGGACCCGCCUGCUGAGCACAGACUCAGAAACUUACGCCGUUUGGGUCUUGUCUACUUCCUCUACCUCUUCCUGUUCUCAGGCCUGGAGUACACACUCAGCUUCCUGGCACAUCAGCGCUUCCAGUUCAGCAGCCUGCAGCAGGGCAAGAUGUUUUUCUUCAUCGGCCUCACCAUGGCCACCAUACAGGGCACCUACGCCCGGCGGAUCAGCCCUGGCAAGGAAGCUGCAGCUGUGACUCGGGCAAUGCUGCUGCUAGUACCAGCCUUCCUCUUAAUUGGCUGGGCACACUCGCUGCCUACGUUGGGCUUGGGACUGAUGCUCUACUCCUUUGCUGCUGCUGUUGUGGUGCCUGGUCUGUCCACCAUGGUCUCCAGUUAUGGUGAGAGUCCUCCCCAAAAGGCUACGCAGGGUAGGAGAGCCGACAGACAUCUGACAAGUCCUCCCCCUUCAGGUUCUCCAGGGCAAAAAGGCACAAUCAUGGGCAUACUGCGGAGCCUAGGCGCCCUAGGCAGGGCGUUGGGGCCGGUGGUGGCUGCCUCAGUGUACUGGCUGACUGGGGCCCAGGUCUGCUUCACUGUGUGCUCGGCCCUCUUUCUGCUCCCCUUCCUACUCCUGUGGAAGCUGAAGCAUCCAGCACAGACUUCCAAGGAGGAGUAGCUGAGCUGCCACACCCAACCCCAGCUGUCUGGCUGCCAGGUGGGAACCUGGACCACUCCUCCCACCGGGCCCAGGGAGGCUCCCCAUGCCCCUCCUCUCAGGAUGGCAACCCAGCAGGAAGCCUGGGCAGCUACACCCUUUUCUCACUCCAAAGCCUUUUAGGCUUCCGGAUUUUUUUUUAUCUCUCAUUCUUCUGAAUGACCAAAUAAAGCAGCUAUUUUGUACCAAGUGCCUUUCUGUCUUACUAUUCUUUGGCAGUUGUGUACUAAGUGUUAUAA